CAUAGAGCUCUCUGUCGAGCUGGCAAAAGGAGCCUGCCAGCUCGCGCCAGGUCCUCGGACUGGUGUUAUUUCCGACGGAUUCAAUAAAAGAAAAAGAAAAAAAGGGGGGGGGGAGGAAGGAGAUCGUGACAACGCAAAUAAAUGACUCAAUAACGUUGUUUGUGUUUUGAAACCUUUUUCUCUCUCUCUUGCGCGCAGCCAAGCCGGAGGAACGCCGUUGCCAAGCGGCGGUGGCUCGGCAGGGGGCGCUGCGCGGGGUUCAAAGCGGCUUCGUCUGAUGCGACUCGCCGAUUCUAAACACAAUGUUAAAAAGCGGCCGGGGAGUUCGAGGAGCCCUCAAAGCCCCUGCGCCAGCUUCCCGGAGCCCGCCGAGCUGCUGCUGCUGCUGCUGCAGACUGACGACGGGAGCAUGGAGUUGAGGGCGGCCGCCGCUCUUUGCCUCUGCUGCCUCUGGAGCGCGGGCCGCCUCCGCCACGGACAGCUGGACGCCGCCGCCGUCAGGCCCCUCGCAGCUGCGGCGGCGGCGGCAGGAGAAGACGCGGCCGCUUCGCCGUCCUGGCUGGGCAAGGCGAAGCCCAGCCAGCAGCGCCUCGGCAGUGGUAGCGGCUUCCGGAACGGCACGGUGGUGCCUCACGACUACAUGGUGGCGCUUUACCACCGCCUGGCCGGCAGCAAGGAGCCGCCUGUGCCCGCCCUGGCGACUGCGGAGGGAGAUGCCGGCAGCGCCCCGGGAAGCCGCGCAGACACCGUCACGGGCUUCGCAGACCAGGCGCAGCCGCGAGACGACUCUUCAUCGGAGGCCGGGCUGCGAUACCUCUUCGAUAUCUCCAGCCUGCCGGAACUGGACGAGGUGGUCGGCGCCGAGCUGCGGAUCCUGCGGAAAUCCCCCGAGAACAGGAGCUUGGCGUGGUCCCCAGAAGGGCUCCUCCACCGCCUGCUGCUCUCCACGUGCCCCAGCCACGAAGAAGAAGGCGAAGGCGAAGGCGAAGGCCACGAAGCGGAGCUCUUGGACUCCCGGGCUGGGGACCUCUUGGACUCCGGCAUCGCCUCUUCGCCCAAGUGGGAGGUCUUCGACGCCUGGGCGGCCUUGAGGCGCAGGGCGGAGAAAGCCAGCCAGCCGCAGGCGCUCUGCUUCCUCCUGAGGAUCGUCUCGGAGCAGUCCGGGAGGCUUUUGUCCCCCGGGCAGCUGGGCUUCCGCAGGGAGGAGCCGCCGCAGCCUCCCGAGCGGGCCCUCCUGGUGGUGUUCUCUCGCACCAAGCGGAAGGAGAACCUCUUCAAGGAGAUCCGCGAGAAGAUCAAGGCGCUGAGCGGGGGGCCGGCCAUCUUCCUGGAGCCCCUCGACCCGGGCCACGACCUCCUGGCCAAGCAGCGGCGGCGGCGGAGGCGGCGGCGGAGGACCACGCUGGCGGGCAGGGCCGGCGGGCGAGGAGGCCACGGCAAGAAGGCCAAGAGCCGCUGCAGCCGGAAGGCCCUGCACGUCAACUUCAAGGAGCUGGGCUGGGACGACUGGAUCAUCGCGCCCCUGGAUUACGAGGCGUACCACUGCGACGGCGUGUGCGACUUCCCGCUGCGCUCCCACCUGGAGCCCACCAACCACGCCAUCAUCCAGACCCUCAUGAACUCCAUGGACCCCGAGUCCACCCCGCCCAGCUGCUGCGUCCCUUCCAAGCUCAGCCCCAUCAGCAUCCUCUACAUCGACUCCGGCAACAACGUGGUUUACAAACAGUAUGAGGACAUGGUGGUGGAGACGUGCGGCUGCAGGUAGCGGCGCAGGCCGAGGCCGCCCCCUUCUGGCCCCGAAGCGGCACCCUCCCUUGGCCUCCCGCUCCCCUGGAUCACCCGCCUCGACAGCAGAAAGAGUUCGACGUAUUUGCCGGUCCACUUGCGGAGGCCCUCCGGGGCUGUUCGGCCUGCUACGAAUGGCACCCUGGAGAGGGGGAUCCCCGCGUGGGAAAAGGAGAUCGCUUGGAAUCGGCACAGCAGGCCCUUGCUGGGGGAGCCCCUGACUUUCUCCCCCGGGGACAGUGAACUGGGGAUGUGAUGGCCUUCGCUGCUUCCCAGUUUGGGCUAAACAUCCCACCAAAUGGGCACUUUAAAAAGAGAAAAGAAAGGAAA